UUUACCUGAAAGCAAGUCGCGUUCAUCUCAAAGCUAAACACACCAUUAGCGAGCAAUUUCUUGAUAGUGGAUAGAAGCCGCACCCAUUCAUAGUAUCAAAUGGCGCGGUCAGAAUCUAUAAUCAGAGGGCUUAGUGUUUAGCCAAGCGAUAGGAAUUUGGCUGCACAGCUUACCUUGGUCAUCAUGCCACGCCAUGUGAUGAUAUCAGCUUCGCAUCGCUUUUCCGUGUCCCUUUCUAGAGCAACUACGGUGUCCAACAGAGCAUCCAAGUGCUCGUCGGCUGCAUCAUUCAGUUUUUGAAACGUGUCGAAGCCUCGGUUCAGGUCCGCUGGUAGCUGCGGAGGCACGCAAUUUCCUGGUUUUGGCAUCGUUACUUUUUGUCCGGACAUGUAUGUUGGGAACCCAGCUGCAUAUAUCACGUACCUUGGGUCGUCGAAUCGCAGCACUGGAUCCAUAGAAACGGCCAAUAGGCUGGAUAUCAAAGACCCUUCGGUUCAUCGCCUGGAGCUCGGCUUAUGGCCUGGAUAUGCAGAAGGGCGUCGGUUCACCAAGCUUGAGUUUCUAGUACUUGACUGGCCGAGUGAAAUGAGAAAAGGAGUGAACUUGAAAUAUGGAUGGGAUCUUAGUCGUUCUGCCGCUCUUCUGGAAGAUACCGAAUCGGGACAGCACAAGUCCGCGUCCCCACCAAAAGCUGUCCAACGCAACCAGUUUCAAGGACCAUUAUUAUCUUCCUGUCAACUCCCCAGCUAAAUUCUCCGCCUUGCAUAUCCACUCUUGGACAUAUGCUUUAUUAGCUGCUUAAUUCACAUCACGUUCAGUUUCAGUGUAGAUUGGAUCAACCCCCCCCUUGUGGUGAUUGUUGGACACAAUGACCUCACGAAUCGACAAGACAAUUGCCCGACAACGAGAAAAGAUCGCUUCCGGCGCUUACUACGAAGCUCAUCAGCAAUUACGAGUAAUUGGUGCGCGGUACAUUAAACAAAACAACUAUGAUGCGGCGGCAGAGAUAUUGGCUGGGGGUGCUACCGCCCUCCUCAGGGCAGGCUCGCAGCAAGGAGCUUCGGCUAGCGGAGGUGAUUUAGCUAUCAUGCUGGUGGUCGAAGUAUACAUCAAAGCUGGCUGGGAGAUUGUGGGAGGUGAUGACGAUGCGGACGGGCGUGCUCGAAAGAAGCGUCUGAUUGAGCUUUUACGUGAAUUCCCGUCCGAAGAACCGACGCGCAAGAGAUUCAUUCAAGAGAUGAUCGGCUGGAGUGGACGCUUCGGACCCGUGGAACGAGGAGAUCCUGAGUUACACCAUGCUGCCGGAUCGCUGUACGCCGAAGACAAUGAGCCUUAUGAGGCCGAGAAGCAUCUUGUCCUCGGCACCUCCGAAUCGGCAGAGACGCUUGCGAAACUCGAGUACGAGUGGUACACAAAUGACGAGCCGCACACUGCUGGCAUCUAUGCCUUGCGCGCCGUCAUUCCAUUCCUCUUAAUUGGGAACCUGCGCAGCGCCAACAAGGCGUUCCUUAUAUUUACCUCCCGACUCUGUUCCGCGAACCCGUCGCUUGGCGUACAAGAAGUCAGCAGCGCCAGUUCCGACGUGCGAGUCUUCCCAGCCCUUCCACUACUCAACUUUCUCAACUUGUUGUUGCUCGCGACCCAGCGAGGUAGUGCAGAUCUGUAUAAGCAAUUGACGGCGCACUAUGCCACGCAGAUCAGGGAGGUCGGCAUCUUGGAUGAUGCGCUCGCUCAAAUUGGUGAGCAGUAUUUCACGAUCAAGAUUCCUAGACAGGGCAACCCGUUGCUGGACAUGAUGGGGAGCAUGUUGUUUGGGGGAGGUGGCCAGGAUAGUGGCAGGAGACCGCAGGGGAGGAGCCAGCCGAGGGAAGUCGAGGCGCCACCAUCAACCAUGGAGCUUGAUUAGAUAGCAUUUGGCGGAUGCGAUUUGUCGUAUGAAAAUAAGUGCUGGCAGAUGCAAUUUUGUCGCUAUACACGGUUAUCGGGCUCGGACUCGUACAUCCAGUUGUCCUCCUCCAGUGAGGCCACUUUAUUUCGGAGGCUCUGGUAAACAAGGUCCAGGAUUUCUGCCAGAGUUAGUAUUA